AUGUCGGACGUAAAGCAAGUGAAAGUUGACAACUGGGGGAUAUAUUUCCUCCAGAGGUUAAAGCACUUUUUCAACCGCACAGACUACUGUGACCUAACACUCCAGUUUCAAGACAAUGCUCAGUUGAAAGUACACAGGCUAGUGCUUAGUGCGUGCACGGAAUAUUUCGAGUUGUUAGAACGAACAUGUGAGAUGUACGAAGACUGCCUCGUGAUGCCGGACGACCUGCAAGCCGAUGUUGUUGUACCUAUCGUAAACUUCAUGUACACGGGACACCUUGAAUUUAGGAUGGAUUUGCUGGAACGAUUAUACCAAACAUCUCAAAUCCUAAAUAUGCCUGUUCUGAGUAAACUCUUGGAGGCACAUCGACAACCAGUUAAGUUCCCUGCACACAGUUACAGUGCAGUAAAGAGAUUUCCAAAAGUGAGUGAACCAAGUAAAAUAAUUAAACCAAUCUCAAACACCAAACGCUCCUACAGUAAAGCAUUUGACAAUAACAAUAGUGUAUAUAAAGAUAAAAAGGUAUAUCAACCACUAAAAAUAUGUAACAAUUCAAGUAGCUCUAUUACAUGUACGUCUUCUCCUGUAGCAGUAGAAUCUACAAUACCCAAGAAGAAAUUAAAAUUAGGAGAACCACGUCCAACAAGGUAUGAGCUACCUGAAGAAUUGGAUACAGACAAUGUGUUUGAUAAUUCAUUUUGUAAUAUAUCAUAUGCUUGCAAACCUUUGAUGAUCCAUCCAGAGACUGUGAAACGUUACUCAUCUAAACGUAGUGGGAUAUUUAGUGAAGCAUCGAGUUCUAAAAAAAUACUGCCUAGUAUGUCUACUGUUGAUAUUGUGGAAUGCAAAAGAAUAAGCAAGGAAGAAAACAUAUUUGAUGACAGCGGUCCUGACCACAGUUUGGGUGAGGAUCUUGCCAUUUUUCAAACAUACAAUGAACCUUCUAAAAAUUCAAGCCAACUUUUUGAUCAAAUUCUAGAUGACGGUCCAAAAGUGACAAUAGAAACUAGAGACAGCAAAGUCGCUUCCAAUUUAGAUCAUGCUAAGAUUAUAAGUGAAGUACUGAAAAAGUAUCCUCAUUUAGUCAAAAGCAAUAAGAAUAUUAAAUUAAAGAUACUAAAUACUCCUAGCAAGGGUAAAAAGCCACAGAAAAUGUCUCCUGUGUAUGUUGAAGAAAAACCGUUAAAACUUAAGACUGAAGAACCUGAUUACACUUAUGAAACCGAUGUCCUUGAUUCUCAGCAAGCAGCAAAGCUUAUUGCUUUGGGGGCAGAAAAUACUAAGGGUCCUUGGAUAUGUUUAAUUUGUGGGACACCAGGAAAAGCUCUCCACUUCACUUCAUACUAUAAAUUCAGGCGUCAUUUAGUUGAAGUUCAUAAUGAGAAACCUGUAUCAAACAUAUGUGAGUACUGUGGGCUUAGAUCUUUGAAGAGAAAUUACUUAUUACACCAUCUUUACUCUCAGCACAAUGUACCUCCACCACCACAAUACCAUUUUCCUAAAUGUGAUAGAUGUAAUUAUAUUGCUCUGACUGAGGGAUUCCUUAUUAAACAUAAGUUAACUCAUCAAAAAUCAAAGAACUUCCGUUGCAAUGUCUGCUCAGCACCAUUCAGUACAACAAAGGAACUACUACAACACAUACAAACUACAGGACAUAAAUACAGUGCUGAGAGAAAAACAAACUUACAGUGCAUUUAUUGUUUAAAAACAUUCUUGCGUCAUGGAAAUCUCUAUGCACACUUAAAAACCCAUCACAAAAAAGAAGCCAAGAAUGAUGGCAUUAUUGAUGAUUCUGAUGAAGAAAAGAACACUGAAGAAAUUUCUAGGAUCAAAGUAGAUAAUAGAGAAAGCAAAUAUCAUCACAUCAAAUUUGAACCCAGCACAAGCUAUGACAUAUAUAAUGAAAAUAUUUAUGAAGAAGUUGAUGUACAAUAUCAAAUACAAGAAGGUCAUGAUGGUGAUAUACAACUGACUCCUAGAAAACAACUUCAUGUGAUUUCAAAUCAACAACACAAUUCAACACCAAAUACGCCAAAACAAAAAAUAUUAAAUCCUGGCUUUGGCAGUCCUAAAGCUGCUCAGAAACCAAAACCCAUGAGGAAACCCCAAAUUGAACGCAACUCUUUCCUUGAAGGAAUGAACAUUCAAUCACCACCUGUAACAAACAAUGAAAAUGAAGAAGAAAUAGUUUUAAUAGAUAACAUUGAAUAUAUCAUGAGAGAAAAUCAGCUUAUUCCUAGAAAGCCAAAGUCUGGAAGUAAUGAAUAUAUAAUUACUGAUAUGAUGGAAUCUGCUUCAUUGCAAGCAGUUCAACCAACUACAUCCAUGGAAUAUUCAAGUAUCCACAAUACAAAUAUUGUACAAGAAGCACAGCCUACUAUGGUAAUGAAAAAGGCUUCAAACAUAAAUCAACCAAUACAAAUUGUAGUAUCAAAUGAAGAGGAAUAUAAAGCUCUAAUGUCUUCUAAUCACCCUAUAUUAUUUAAUAAUGGUGAUCCAAAUAAAACUUUAACAGUGUUAACUGCACCUCAUAAUGCAGCAAUGGAGUCUGCUGCUAUAGACUUAAACAAUACUCAAUCAAAUGAUAUGAUGAUUAUUCAAGAAAAUUUUCCAUUAAAUGUUACUGAAGCUGUUCCUACAGAUAACCCUAACAUAGUUGUAGUUUAUAGUCAUCCUGUUGAUGAUCAAAACAAACAAUUCCAAAUUCUUACAACAGGUGGAAUAGGUUCACAAUUUGUUCAGUCUUCUACAAUAAUUACGCAAAACUAUGAAACAGUGACUACUUCUGCACCAGUAAUGAGUGCACAUGCAUUAGAACCACAACCUGAUACGACUUGGCAAGAUAAUAUUCAAAGUGGAAAUGGUGAGGAAUUGCCAAUAUGUCCACAGGCUGAGUUACAAGAUGUUGAGAAUGUGGAAAUUAAACCACUUCAAAAUGCCGAUAGUUUAAGUGAGCUGCCAGAAGUUCAUUUAACCCGGGGACUAGAAACCAUUGUAUCUCAAGAAAAUUUACCUAAUGAUACUCCAAAUGAAUUGAGUACCAUUAACACAGAACAUGUUAAUGAAGAAGUAGGACAAGAAAUUGCAGAAAUUUCUGAUAAAAUACCUGAACCUCAAAUGGAAUCAGUGAUUACUGGAGGUGACAUAAUUGAACAAGAAAAGGCUGCUGCUACCAGUGAGCCUAUGGAUAUUUCUCAGAGUAAUGAACAUAUACAGGAAAUAGUUGGCAAUGACGAUGCAAAUACAGAUACUGUUGUGCAAGACCCAAUGGAAAAUGAAAGUAUUCCAGAACAAACAGGUAUAGAAGAGAUAUCAGAAGUUACAGAAUUACCACCACAGGAAGAACAAGCUAUUAUGACAACGGCUGAUAACUCUGUUACUGUUGACACUAUGACUGUAACUGAGGUCUCUGAGAUUCCACAAAAUGAUCUCAAAAAUACUUUGGAUAGUGAAGAACCCCCACAAUCACAAGCCUAUGAUGAUAUUGUUGUAUUAAACCAUAACAUUGAGGAACAACCACACAGCUCCUCUAAACCAGAAGAAAAGAUCCAAAACUUAACAUCAGAAUGGUCUGAAGAUGAAUAUGAUGUUGCCGAAGAUGCUCCUGCAACUUUGGAAUCCAUUUCAAGAUCUGAAGUUGUUGUUAGACCUCCAGAACCAGAAGAAAUAUUAGAAGAAACAAUAGAAAACAUACAACAAGAAGUACUAAAUCAUGUGACAACUGCAACAACUCUAGGUGCUACAAUUGAACCUGUGUCUGAAAUGGAUAAUGAAAAUCCUGUACUAGAAGAAGCAGGAUCAAGUCCUGAAGAACCUCAAAUGCUUGCAGAAACUUUGGCAAUUGUGACUCCAAUGCCAAGUGAUCCACAAGCACAACAAAAAAUAUCAUCACUACUCAAUGAUUGGGAAGACAAUGAUUCUCAGGAAGAAAACAAUUCUGAAGAUGCAAUAGUUAUAAAUAAGGAAGCUAAUGACACAAAUACACCAACCAUACCCAAACCUGAUAUUAAAAGCUUAGUCAGUGACUGGGAUGAUGAUGAAGAAGAUAAUAAAGAAUAA